UUGACGAGCUGGCUUUCAUUUCUGGUGAAAGUGCACGGAGCGGGUAUAAAAUGUGGCGUUUCUCGCUCGCCCUCGUGUCUGUCGGCCUGUUCGGUUCCGAGGUUUGUGGGAAAACCGUGACGGGACUCUUCAGGAGCGAAGCGGCGAGGCGCCAGAGAGGCCAGUUCAUCACUAAAUUCAUGUACCAAGGUGAUAAUGGUCUGCUGGUGUGCCGGAUGGACAACCCUCCCCUCGCCGUGGAGAAGGAGUCCAGGCUGCUCCUCUAUCAGGACAUGGACUCGGAUCUGGACAACCUGAGUUGCUCCGAGAGGCACGCCAAAGCCGACUUCACCAUGUCACUCAGUCGAGAUGAGCACAACUUUACGAUCCCUCGCCAGUCCUUACCCACGCUGUGGCAGGUCCUGUAUGCCGACCGAUACACAUGUCAGGACAGCGCUACGAUUGCUGCUCACGCCGAUCUGGGCUUCACCGCGCUGCUGUUCAAUCCCGACUCCGCCGGAAACCCUCUGGACCACUUCAGCGCGGAGGAGGCAGGUCUCCACAGUUUUUACUUCCUGCUGCUGCUGGCCUACUUCAUCGCCUGCUGCAUCUACGUCCAGCCUCUGUACCAGGCUCUGAGGAAGGGAGGCCCCAUGCACACUGUCCUCAAAGUGCUGACCACUGCGCUGGCGUUACAGGGCUGCUCCGCCCUCUGCAACUACAUCCACCUGGCCAGGUAUUCCAGAGAUGGCUCCGGUCUGCCGCUGAUGGGCAGCCUGGCGGAGUUCUGGGAUAUGGUGUCCCAGGUGUCCAUGCUGUACAUGCUGCUGAGUCUGUGCAUGGGCUGGACUCUGAGUCGAGGGAGGAAGCCUCAGUCCAGGCCGCUGCAGUGGGAGCAGUCUCCGGCCUCCAGGGCCGUCGCUGUCGGUGGAGUCCUCACACAGGGAGUGUUAUUGCUAUGGGAGCAAUAUUCCGAGGCAGAGAGCAAACAUCACAGCUACCAUGCUCAGCAGAGUCUGGCGGGCCUCCUCCUCAUGGCUCUGAGAGUGAUCCUGGCCCUCCUGCUGGCCUCCGUCCUCUACCAGAUCACCUCCACUGAGAGGAGCACGUUAAAGAGAGACUUCUACCUCACUUUCGCCAAGGGAUGCUUCCUGUGGUUCCUCUGUCAUCCUGUCCUCUUCCUCAUGUCUUCAGUCUUCAAUGACCACCAGAGAGAAAAGGUGGUGACCAUCGGCGUGAUCCUCUGCCAGUCCAUCUCCAUGGUGACCCUCUACCAGCUCUUCCUGUCUCGCUCCCUGUACUGGGAAGUGUCGUCGCUCUCCUCCGUGUCGCUGCCGCUCACCAUGUCCAGGACGAGCAACAGGGGGCGCUACUGAGCUGGGAGCUGUGGUGUCUCAGCCGAUCCUGCUGGGUCGGAGGUGAGAGAUUUCCUGAAGGGAAGAAGAGGACUGAGGGGACUCUUCUGCUUCGCAGUUUCUUGGAGGAGCAAUCAAAGCCAACGUCAGGCGGGAACCAGGGAAUGACGACAUUAUCUGAAGCAACGCCCUACCUCGGUUGACGCAGCAUUGGGACUGCCGAACGGGCUUCACGGCUCAAGAGCUGGAAAUGAACGCUUAUGUCUUAUUUAUAAUGCCCCAGUUGUGGGCGAUAUCCUCACAAAGUGUUGAACCAUACUUUUAACCGCACGUACAAGCCACCAUUUUUUUUAUUAAAUUCAGCUGCUGACAAGGUUGAUGCUGACGUCAAAUUACAAAAUGUACAAAGAAAGCGAGGACCCUCGCAAAGAUACCUUUUACUUUGAAUCGUGAAACUUUAACUUUUAAAAAGUAAGAAAAUCACUGAAAAAUGAAAACCUGACAGCAUGUGAGGCCUGACUCUGAAAUCUUACAACCCGUAUGCAGCUGAGGACACGCUGCAUGGCUUCUGCUAUAUUUAAGCAAAGGAGGUCAAUCGGGAGCAUCCAGAGUCGGCUACAAUAAUAAAAACCUUGUGAAUACACCCCUUCUCAUCUAGUCAAAUAUUAGUACAAAGUUUUAUUUAAAGAUUCUUAGUCUGUGUCCUACAGUUACUGGAGAUGUUUUCUAGCUGCCUGCCCCAACGCACUUGAAGUUAUGUUGUUUGCUUUAUAUGUUACAUGUGCAGAUGUUUGAUUUGGUCCUAUAAUGACAGUCUGGGAAACAUGAUGCUGGAGGUUGUAUUGAUUUUUUGUUUUUGUUUUUUAUAUACAAAGGAAAAGGUUACACUUCUAAGUUAAAGUAAGAUUUUUUUUUUAAUUACCUGUGGAAAUAUGGAACCUGUGACCAUGGAGCCUGUAAUAAAGAAUACAUUUGUCAUGG